UUUUUUAUGGUAAUUACAGCGAUAAAGAACAGAAGACAACACCUUGCUAGAAUUGAGCACUUGUUUAUUUGUUAUUCAAGGCUGUAUUUUAGAUUUAUCGUACAAUGUAUUUUACGGUGUUGGAAAGGGGGUUGUGUGCAUUCAGAGUCUGGGUUUUGUAUACCGUGAUGACAGUCGCUAUCUGUAUAGUCACUGUAACUGUAACUGUAAAGUAGUGAUUCAGACCAGCCCAAGAAACCUGCCAAAUAGUGCUCGCAGUUGAAACUGAACAGGAGGCUGCGCAGUGAAGGCUCUGUCGUUUUCCUGUCAAAUAAUGAACCCCCUGUCUAGAGUGAAUUCUCGAAAAUAACAGACAGAUUGCAAGAGGGCAGGGUAGAUCCAUUUGAUGUCUGUUUUUACAAAAGUGAGAGGCUGGUUUUACUGCUGCAAAGAAGGACGCUGAGAUAAUGACAGCAGAGGAGACAAUAAACAUUAAGGAGGUGGAGAUCAUCAAGCUGAUCUUGGAUUUUCUGAACUCACGGAAGCUUCAUAUCAGCAUGUUGUCUCUUGAGAAGGAGAGUGGGGUCAUCAAUGGCCUAUACUCUGACGACAUGCUUUUUCUCAGACAGCUAGUACUCGAUGGCCAAUGGGACGAGGUUCUUCAGUUCAUCCAGCCCUUAGAAUGCAUGGAGAAGUUUGAUAGAAAACGAUUCCGGUAUAUAGUAUUGAAGCAGAAAUUCCUUGAAGCCUUGUGUGUGAACAACGCAAUGUCAUCAGAGGACGAGCCCCUGCAUCUGGAAUUUACAAUGCAGGAGGCUGUCAAGUGCCUCCAUGGCCUGGAGGAGUACUGCCCCUCCAAGGACGACUACAGUAAACUCUGCCUGCUCCUCACCCUGCCUCGCCUGACCAACCACGCAGAGUUCAAGGACUGGAACCCCAGCACGGCACGGGUGCAGUGCUUCGAGGAGGCUUGCAUUAUGGUUGCAGAGUUCAUCCCUGCCGACAGAAAGCUAAGUGAGGCCGGCUUCAAGGCCAGCAACAACCGUCUCUUCCAGCUAAUCAUUAAAGGGAUGCUUUACGAGUGCUGUGUGGAGUUCUGCCAGAGCAAGGCCACUGGAGAGGAGAUCACCGAGAGCGAAGUGCUGCUGGGCAUUGACAUGCUUUGUGGCAACGGCUGCGACGACUUGGAUUUAAGCAUGCUCUCGUGGCUUCAGAACCUGUCCCCCAGCGUUUUCUCUUGUGCAUUUGAGCAGAAGAUGCUCAACAUUCAUGUGGACAAGCUAGUGAAACCCGCAAAAGCUGCACAUACGGACCUCCUGACUCCUCUGAUUAAUAAGCUUUCACCGUACCCAUCCUCUCCAAUGAGGCGGCCCCAGUCGGCCGAUGCCUACAUGUCUCGUUCCUUGAACCCUGCUCUGGAUGGCCUUUCCUAUGGAUUGACCAAUCCUGAUAAGAGAGUCACAGACCUGGUCAGCAAGACUUCUGCAAUGUCUCACUCCUUUGCUAACUUCCAUUGUCCUGCGGGUCAAAACCUGAGCAGAAGCCUAAUGCUAGAGAAUACAGAUUGUCACAGUAUUUAUGAAGAGUCACCAGAAAGAACCGAGACGCCUGUUGAUGGACUUAUGAAUUCCAGUGGCCAUCGGACUUUGUGUGAGAGUCUGAGUCCAAGCCCAGCUCCAGUGAGUGAGCCUGCCCCACCUGACUCAAGCCAAGGACCAGGAAAACCAGAGAAGAAUGAGCUGCGCGAGUCCACAGAACAGUUCCAGGAAUACUACCGCCAGCGCGUGCGUUACCAGCAACACCUGGAGCAGAAGGAGCAGCAGAGGCAGCUGUACCAGCAGAUGUUACAGGAGGGGGGAGUGAACCAGGAGGACGGGCUUGAUCAACAGCAGAACCUUACUGAGAAGUUUCUCAACAGGUCUAUUCAGAAGCUGGAGGAGCUGAAUGUUGGAAUAGACGAUCUUGGGGGUGAGGUGCAGUCUCUCAAUCAGCAAUGCAAUGGAAACAAUAUAAACAGCAGCCCUGCUGUUGGCAACGUAACUCAUGAAAAUGGCCAUCAGAAUGAAGGCCAAAAAGUGGCCACCAGCACUCCCCAGAAAGUUGGAGCUAGAGGGAUACCUUCCUUAGAUGAGUCCCCAGUAUUUACGUAUCAAGGUGCAAACUCAGCAGGUGAGCUUCGAGACUGUGCUGCACAGCCGCAGCAUUUGGAGGAUCCUGCAUUCUCCCCAACACGUUCAAGGGGUGAAGCGGGUGAAAAAGCUAAAACCCAGUUUGUUGCCAUUAACACCCUGGAAGACACACAGGCUGUCAGAGCCGUCGCCUUCCAUCCCAGCGGAGCGUUGUAUGCUGUGGGCUCCAACUCCAAAACACUGCGUGUCUGUGCCUACCCAGAGGUAUUAGAUCCAAGUGCUUAUAGCACCCCUAAGCAACCUGCAGUGCGCUUUAAAAGGAACAAACACCACAAGGGGUCCAUAUACUGCGUGGCCUGGAGUCACUGUGGACAGCUGCUGGCAACGGGUUCCAAUGACAAAUACGUAAAAGUAUUACCAUUCAGUGCUGAAACUUGCAAUGCUACAGGCCCAGAUCUGGAGUUCAGUAUGCAUGAUGGCACAAUUCGGGACCUGGCUUUCAUGGAAGGUCCAGAAAGUGGCGGAGCUAUUUUAAUAAGCGCUGGCGCUGGAGACUGCAAUAUUUACACCACAGACUGUCAGAGAGGGCAGGGCUUACACGCUCUGAGUGGUCACACAGGUCACAUUUUAUCGCUCUACACCUGGGGAGGGUGGAUGAUUGCGUCUGGCUCACAAGACAAGACGGUGAGGUUCUGGGACCUGAGGGUGCCCAGCUGUGUCCGAGUCGUGGGCACUGCUUUGCACGGAUCAGGCAGUGCUGUGGCAUCUGUGGCUGUCGACCCCAGUGGGCGUCUCCUGGCUACGGGUCAGGAGGACACUAGCUGUAUGCUGUAUGAUAUAAGAGGGGGGCGGAUGGUGCAGACCUAUCGUCCUCACAGCAGUGACGUCCGCUCCGUCCGCUUCUCUCCAGGGGCGCACUACCUGCUGACUGGCUCCUAUGACACUAAAGUCAUGAUCACAGAUUUACAAGGAGACCUUACCAAGCAGCUUCCGCUCACAGUUGUUGGGGAACAUGCAGACAAGGUGAUACAGUGCAGAUGGCACACGCAGGAUCUAUCCUUCUUAUCUUCAUCUGCAGACAGAACUGUCACCCUGUGGACUUACAAUGCAUAGGACUGCUUUCACUAACACUUUUAUGCAGGUGAAGCACAGAAACUCCUACCUAAAUGGAGUGGAAAAGUUUAACGUUAAUACUGAGAUUGACAAAACUCAUCCAGUGGACAUAUCCUGGGGUGGCACAUAUUGGUGUGUCUCUCUCUAUGCUUGUGCUGGUGAAAGUGUUUAAGUUAUUUUGCUGUGCGUUCAGUCUUCCACGUGCAUAUAUGCUUCUGUGACUAAUUAUAGUCCUGUAACUUGUACACAAUGGCUGUUGUUUUUUAGUAAGUGUGCACAAGAAAAAAAAAAGCCUAAAUUAAUGUGUUGCAGUUUAGUUAAUGCAUUCCCUCAUGUUGUGCCUGCAACUGAUUUAAUUAAGGCAACGAUGCACAAAACUUUAACUAACUUCUACACCCUAACCUAGGAUCAUUCUAAUGGUUUAUAUAAUGGACACUACUCAAGUGGUAAAAAUCCACUUCUGCAAAAUAAGAUGCUAAACCUUAUCCAUCCCAGUGUUAGAACCAUGCUAUGUUAAAGAUAUGGUGCCUUGAUCAAUCAGUUUCCAUAAAUAGCUUUAUUUAUAUAGACGUGUCUCUCUGUGUUUUACAAUUCCUCCUUGAAAACUCCUUAGAAAUAGCAGAUCUGUCCAAAGCUGUUUCCACAGUUGUUUUAUAGGUUGGCAAAAUGUAAUCAGUAUGGUUAGUGGGGAAUUUUAUGCUGUAGAAUUAGGUCACUAAACUCCUUAGACUUACAUCCUUGUAAAUAUGGCAAAUGUGUAUGAAACUUUUAAAAGAACACAUUUUUCAAAAAAAUGCAUUCAUAAGAAUCAAUGUGGAUGAUUUCAAAGUUGUAUUUAUUUCUGCAGUCCAAGUUGAUAAUACUGCUUGCGAAAAAAAAUAGCUUGUUAAAUGUCAGUAUUUAAUAGGGAAUAAAAGAUCCUAUUAUAUUUGUGUGUGUAUAUAAGAAGGCUAGUAACUAUAGAGCACAGAUUUGGUUAGUUUUCAUUGAUUGUUUUUAACAUAUUUCCCUUUUAGUAUAUCAUGCAUAUGUGUUUAGGAUACAAUAGAAGGUAAAAUUCGAUUGCCGGCAGCCCGAGGCAGUUUAUGUAAUUGCAAUUUCAAAUGGCAGCCUUUGCCUGUACGCAAAGGGCACUGUUUUAUGUAAAUAUUUCAGUUUAAAUACGUGCACAGAAGCAUGGCAUACACAUAUGCAUGAUUGCAGAAAAGAGCAAAUGUUUCAGAUUAUCUCCAUUGCGCUCCACUUAUUGCUUUCCAUUGGCUAAUUUUGCACUUCCUUUAUAAAACACAACAAAAUUGCUAUUGUUCAAGAAGUGCAGAUCGCACUGUAUUAAUGCUUUUGAUUUCUCUUAUUGUACAGUUUUUUUGUUUGGUUUAAAUUAAAAGCCGAAA